AUGGAGGAGGGCAGACAGCUCAACAGUGGCUACGUUCAUCGCUGAAGUUGGCUGCCACGUAGUUGGCAUUCCUGCAGUGAAUUUAUUUUAGGUGCUUUUUUUUAUGGAAAGGAUUUAACGAGCAUGCCAAUUUUGUGAGUUAGCCAGCUGUUGUCUAUCAAAAUGAUACUUUUUUCUAUUUGUUCGGUAUUGCCCUCACUGUUUGUGUUUGUCACUGGGGGGAAAUUGCCCGAGCCUGAAGUGAAUAUUGAAGUUAUACACAAACCCUUCAUGUGUUACCGUAAGUCAAAAUAUGGAGACAUGCUUCUUGUUCAUUACGACGGAUUCUUGGAGAGUAAUGGCACCAUUUUUCAUUCCAGCCGCAAAGAUGGGGAUAAAAAUCCAGUAUGGUUCACACUUGGGAUCCGAGAGGUGCUCAAGGGUUGGGAUAAGGGUCUGCAGAACAUGUGCACAGGAGAGCGCAGGAAACUGACCAUCCCACCAUCUCUGGCAUAUGGCAAGGAAGGAAAAGGUAAGAUCCCUCCAAGCAGUACCCUCAUUUUUGACAUUGAGCUCAUGGACAUCCAAAAUGGUCCCAGGUCACAUGAGUCUUUCCGGGAGAUGGAUCUCAAUGAUGACUGGAAGCUCUCCAGACAGGAGGUGAAAGAGUACCUGAAGAAAGAAUUUGAGAAACAUGGGUACUCGCCUAAUGACACACAUCAUGAAGUGAUGGUAGAUGACAUCUUCAAAAAUGAGGAUGAAGAUAAAGAUGGUUUUAUAUCUGCGAGGGAAUUGACCUACCAACACGAUGAGCUCUAAAGGGCUGAUUAUUUUCUACUUUUUUAAACUACCACAGUGUUCGUUUCAUGAAUUUCCUCCAAAAUAGUGACAUGAAUUGAGGAAUUGUGAAAUAGUUACCAGACAGUUUUACAUGGACCUCUCUCAGGGGGAUGUUUUUUUUUACACUGCAUUUGAAAAGUACUGCCUUACUUUUGGUUGAAGUCAAUUACAGCAGCUCCAUUUUGUGUAAUUUUAUGCAAAAUGUGAUUCAUCAUUAAUUUAUAUCUCCAUUCUACAUGCACUGAUAGUGUCACAACAGAUGUAUUUAGGCAGUUUUGGAUUUAUAAAAACUAAUUUCAUGAAAUAAACAAUGUUAUGUUAAUUAAUUUGUAUUAGCUUUACAAUUCAUGUUAAUGUGGCCUGCCUCAGUGAUUUUUAUCUGUGCAUGUCUUCAUUAAUCACCAGAGGGCACUCUUGUCCUAGACUUUUGUGUCAUACUUACAAAUCUUAAUCAAAUCCCAUAACAAAAAAGCAACACUGUAACCACAUAUUGUCAGUAGUCCUCUUUCCGUUUCUAGAUUUCUGUUUCUGGCAGACCAGAAUAUCAAAAUGAGAGUACAUUUCAUGUCGUCAGGAGUAAAUCAGGGAAAAAAGUGUGCAGUAGGCUUCUAUAGUACUGGCAUGAUUGCCAUGGUUGACAUUUUCAGUCACUUGCAGUGAUUCAGAUUUCAAAUUAUGUGUUAUGCUUUAAAGGAAUAACAUUUCUUUUCAUAUUUUUUUCCGUUCAUGUAUAAUUGCAGUUGUAGCAACCAUAAUAUUCCUUCAGUGUGUCAAUGUACAUUUUGCAGUGAAUAACUCAUAAACACAAAUUCAGCCUAAAACAGUAUCCAAAUGCCAAAAAUUGCUUUUGAACCCUGACUAGGAGACAUCGUUUCUGAGUUCAUAUUAAAGUUUUUUGAGAAUAACCCAUAAACAGCUAUCUGACAUCAACUGACCCAUGUCAUACUCACAGCUCUGUUAAAUUACAGUCAUUGUAUGGCAAACAUCAUGCGAGUCCACAUAGAAAGUUUCUUAUUUGUUUUCCAUUAGGUAAUGAAGGUGACUAUGUGGGAUCAUUGAUUUCUAAAUUGGUUCUCAGGAUUGUAACUUUUGUUUCGCUCAGUGAUCUAUCAGUAGGGAGUAAUUAGGAUGGAAUCAGUUGUGCAGCAUCAACAGGAAGCAAAGCACAAUGUUUCCAAGAUUAAAGAAGACAUUGAGAUGUGUGAUAGCUGUCGGCAUUCUCGGUGUAUUCCUUUCUUUAAACCAUACAAAUGAAAGCAUUGUAAUAUUUUGGUUGAGUGAAUCUUGACAGCAUUGACCCAAAAAAAAAAAAUUGGAUGAUGCAGUUGACAUAGCAGGAGAUACGAUCUCUUUCCCCCAUAACAUUAAAGAUUACCAACAAGUAUAUGUCUACAUCAGAUGCUUAAAGUAUUCAGUAUUCAAGCUACUGUAAGACAUAUCACCACAGUUGGCCCAUUGCAUUAAGGUGAAUGAUAAUUGCAGCAUGAUAAGUGAGUAAUAUUGUAGCAUACUGACAUACUGCAGAGGUGAAUUGUUAUUUUAGGCACUAACGUCAACUGUAACUAAUCAUAUUGUAAUGCUUUAAAUUAAUAAUAAAGAGGUGUGACAGAAUGCUAUAUAUUGCA